CAAAUCGAGGAGGGCACGCUGGCGGGUCUGUGGGAGCUGGGCGCGUUCGGGCUACAAGUCCCCGCUGAGUUGGGAGGUCUCGGCCUCACCAACACGCAGUACGCACGCCUCGUGGAAGUGGUUGGUGCGCAUGACUUGGGCGUGGGCAUCACGCUUGGAGCUCACCAGUCCAUCGGGUUCAAGGGCAUCUUACUGUUCGGAACCCCGCAGCAGCGGUCCAAGUACCUUCCUCGCGUGACAGGAGGAGAAUAUGCGGCCUUCUGCCUCACAGAGCCGGCUUCCGGCUCAGAUGCUGGUUCAAUCAAGACGCGUGCGGUACUCUCCCCGGACGGGAAGAACUUCAUUUUAAACGGAUCGAAAAUCUGGAUCAGUAAUGGUGGCAUUGCUGAAAUCAUGACUGUAUUCGCACAAACACCCAUCGAGAAAGACGGGAAGACUGUUGAUAAGGUGACAGCGUUCAUAGUGGAGCGUUCGUUCGGCGGCGUGUCGUCCGGCCCGCCCGAGAACAAGAUGGGCAUCAAGUGCUCCAACACGACCGAGGUGUACUUCGAGGACGUGCCCGUGCCCGUCGAGAACGUGCUCGGCGGCGUCGGCAACGGGUUCAAGGUGGCGAUGAACAUCCUGAACAACGGUCGUUUCGGCAUGGCGGCGGCGCUGGCGGGCACGCAGCGCGCGGCCCUGCGCCAGGCGGCCGAGCACGCCGCCACGCGCGUGCAGUUCGGCAAGCGGCUCGCUGAGUUCACCGGCGUGCAGGAGAAACUGGCGCGCAUGGCGAUGCUGCAGUACACCACUGAGACGCUCGCGUACAUGGUCAGUGGCAACAUGGACACUGGAGCACAGGACUAUCAUGUCGAGGCCGCUAUAUCCAAGGUGUUCGCGUCGGAUUCGGCGUGGACUGUGGUCGACGAGGCGAUUCAAAUCCUCGGCGGUAUGGGCUUCAUGAAGGCGACGGGACUUGAGCGCGUGCUUCGUGAUUUGCGAAUCUUCCGCAUAUUCGAGGGCACCAACGACAUCUUGCGGUUGUUCGUGGCGCUCACCGGCAUCCAAUUCGCCGGCUCGCACCUGCAGGAGCUACAGCGUGCUUUCAAGAACCCCACGGCUCACCUCGGGCUCAUCUUCAGCGAGGCGGGGCGGCGCGCGGCCGGCGCGGUCGGGCUCGCUCGUGGCGCCGACACGCGCGCCCUCGUACACGACGACCUGCGCGCCGCCGCCGAGCUGGCGCGUCUCGUGAUGGAACAUGGCCGCACCGUCGAAGGACUGUUGCGUAAACACGGCCGUCGCGUGGUGGACUGCCAGCAGCCGCUCAACCGGCUCGCCGCAGCCGUUAUCGACACGUACACGACGGCGGCGGUGUUGUCGCGCGCCACCCGCGCCGCGCGACUCGGCCUGCCCUCGGCGGCGCAGGAGUUGCGGCUGGCGGCGGCGUGGGCGGACGACGCGCUGGGCCGCGUGCCGGCGCUGCUGGCCGCCACACGUGACACACGCGCGCAGGAGCAGUACGACCGACUCUCCAAAUGGGGUACCGAAGUAGCCGCGAAUGGUGGACAGCCCACACCCAACCCCCUCAACCUCUGAGUAGUCUAAUCCGCGAUAGUGUUAAGCUGAAAGAUAUUUAUAUGCCUUGUUAAGUUAUUACGUUAUAGAAUAUAUAAGAUUUAAACAA